AUGCUGCAUCGGCGGAGCAGCACCCAGCCCGUGCCUUCCCGGGGGACGCGGAGAGGCGGAGGCGGCCCCGGGGGCGGCCCCCAACCCUCCCUGCGUGUCGCGGACUCACCUGGGGGCGGCCCGAGGCGGCGGCGGCGGGCGGCUCCCAGCUCCCGGCUCCCGGCACUCAGCCCAGGGCUGCCGGGGUGGCGGGAGGCGGCGCGGGGCUGCUCCCGCCGAGCCCCGCAGCUGCCGGAGGAGCAGGCACAGCAGGAGCAGCAGCAGCAGCAGCAGCAGCAAGAACAGCGCCAGGUAGAGGAGCAGGUUGAGCUCCCACUCCAUGCCGCCCGCGGCGCCGCUCGGCUCCCCGCGGACCGCUCGGUGCCGGUGCCGGUGCCGGCGGCGGCCGAGCCUCCUCCCCUGCGGCAGGAGAGGGGCACCGGGCGGAGGGGCCGCGGAGCCCGUCCUGCCUUCACCACCCGCCUCUGCGGCACCUCCCGCCGGGGCAGCCCCGGCGGCAGGAGAGGGGCACCGGAGCAGGGCCGGUGGGUGCAGAGGGCACCGGGGCUGCACCGCGCCGGUGCUCCGGGCUGGCUCGUGUUGUCCCUGCUCCUUGGGCACAGGUGCCCUGUCUCAGAAACGAUGCUCCGAGACCACCUGACACCGGCAGGAGAAACUCCUGCGGUGGCUCACUUCGAGUCGGAGCCUCCCGUCCAGACUGAAAUGCCCACAUGUGCACCCAUCCUCCCUGCCUCCCCAGCCCGCGUCACCUUACACCGGCACAGGCCAAACAGCUCCGAACUCCAGCGGCACCAGGAAAUGUCUCUCCCCUUGAAGACAUUUGGGAGCCCUGCCCUUGGCCCGAAGCAAAACCACUCAUCAGGGAAUGAAGAAUUGGGAUCUUUGGAAAAUAUGGAGAGAUUAACACACGUGGCACGCACUUCAUGUGAGACAGUCUGCUCUUGUGCAUGAGACCCUGGUGAGUGGCUGUUCUACACAACACGAGGCACUUCUCAACCACACUUCUAUCUUUUAACAGCACCUGCAUUCUAAGAUACAACUGUAAAAGUGAAAUUUCAUUUAAAAUCAGCCGAAUCAACAAAAAGAUACAUCCCCUGUUUUAAAAGGAGCAUUUUAGCAUCAAGAUUCUAAGACAGGUUGCCCAUGCAGAACAACAAAAAUACUUGAUUGAGAAAGAUUAUGACUUCCAGCAUUUCAAGGCAGUCAAAAUUAAUUUCUGGUCUGUAACAGAUACUUGGAAGCUGAAUAAGCAGGAGAAAUAAUUGAAAAAAAAAAAAAAGCCAUUUUGAUUUAAUGGUUUAACUUGAUUAUCUGAUUAUCCUCAAUGUUAUUAAAUGUGCUGUCAUCUCUCAGGAAUCAGAUGGGACUCAUAAGCUUGUCAGUACUCUGGAUUUCCUCUGUAUUGUAGGACUAUCAAUAUGUGGUACCAGCAAACAUUUUCUGACACCUUUCCAAUAGAAAAAAUAAACAGUUUCCAAAGAGAUAAUCACUUCAUUUUCACACUCCUGAGCUUUUGCAUCAAGCCAGUAUUUAACCUACCUCUCAAGUAAUAUUUAAGAUUAGGGUAUGAGAAAGUGCUUCUUUUCUGGCAACAAUUUUGGUUUAUUUUUGCCUAUUCCCCAUGAAACAAAAUUACAGUUUCUAGUUUAACACAGACAUCUGUUGCUUCUUAAAAGAAUUUGAAGAUGCUUCUAAAAGGUUUGAAACUCUUAAACCACAUUAAAAUCUGAACUCAGACAUUGGUUUUGUAUAAUCAGAGCCUUCAACUCAAGCUAUAACAAUUCUGGCUUAGCAUGACACUUAAUUCAGCAACUGGCUUCACUUGGAUCCAUAGAAAUCAUGGAAACAGUUUGCCUGGAGACAGGGAAAUUGUAGAGUGUGGAGACAAAAAAAGGAGAGGUGUAACUUAUUUUCCUUUGACUUUGUUGCUUGCCUGGCAUCCAGCCUUCCCACUUUCCCCAAGGGAUUGCUGAGGGCUGCGAACCAGUGUUCAUUCAAUGCAGCACUGUCUACAGGAUCAGAAUUUCUGGAGCAAAAAAAUUCCUUUGGAGCAAAAAAAUUCCUUCACGAGAGCAGUAAACCCGAAGAGGUGAGGUGAAGGCUAAAGUACAGGUAGAAACAGCAAGAAUAUUUUGGGGUUUACUCUGAAAUCUAGCCUAUGGAAGAUGAUCAAGCAAGCAUCCAGCAAGCAGAUGAAGAUGUUAUUACCAACUUGCCUUAAGCUGGUGUUUGGAUGAUUUUCUGGA